GCGGCUCGAGCGCCUGGAGGCGCCGCCGCGGUGGCGACGCCCGCGCCCGCCGUGGCCGCUGCUCUUGGGGGCCCCCGCCUCGUGGCAGCGGGGGGGGGCGCGGGCCCUCGCGGAGCCGCUCGUGGGCCACGACAUCGGCGAGGAGUUCGCGCUACCUGCAGGGGCGGCGGUGCCGGGGACCCGAGCCCUCGCGGCGAUCGACGGGGGCGUCGCCACGCUCGAACAGCUGGCCGAGGGGGUCGACAUCGCUCGCUGGGCCCUGGCGCGCAGCAACUUCCUCUGCGACGACCCGAGGAUCCUGGCGCGGGCCCCGACGGGGCGGCCCCUGGUCGACGCCGUGCGUUCGAUGACGACCUGCGCACGGCAGGUGGAGGGCCUGCCCGCCUCUCCGUUGCUGGGGCCCGCCAUCGGGGCCGAGUGGGUCGACUCGGUUGUCAGAGAUGGCGCGGUCCAUCUGACCGAUCGGGCCAGCAAUUGGCUGCGCGAGAGUGGGGUCAAGACUCACAGCUCGACCGCCCACGAGCACGCGAUCCUCCACAGGGCCGUGCAGCUCCUGGCGACGGUGGACGGGCUCAACGUGAAGAACCUCAUCGGCGUCGAGCUCCUCCUGAGGCGGAUCACCUUGCAUGAGGAGGCCGUGGCGGAGAAUCCCGAGGCGCCGAGCUACGAGGGGUCGGACCGCUACCCGGGGAAGGCUCGGCUCCACCUCAAGCGCUGGAACGCCGUCCAGUCGGCGGCGCAAGAGGCGGUCCACGGUCUGAACCUGCUCUUCGGGUGCGACCCGCAGGAGCUGUCGGGCCCGACGCAGCGCGAUGGGACUGAGGCCUUGGGCGGUCGCAGUCCUUUGCAUGGCGCAGUUCGCCAGCAUCUGUUCUCCACCAUCGCUUCGGGGAUGCCCGAUCAUGCACAGAUGGACCGCGCCUCUUUUCGUGAGUUGGCUGGUGUGAAUGCGGAUUACGAGAUGCUUGCAUGUGCGGUCGAGCCUUGCGACCCGACGAAGGUGUCCUUGCCAGAUGGGCAGGUGUCGCCUGUCGUUUUGACUGAGUUUGUCUCUCCCGAGCUCGGCCGCAGCCUCGACCUUGAGAACAUCCUGGCCGACGCGGAUGUAGCCGAGUACCGUCUUCGCCACGAGCCCGUCGUGCCCUAUGCGGAUGUCAGGAUCAGGAAUGAUGAAGAGGUCUUCCCGUGCUUGCUCGUGUUGCCGAUGGGUUGGACCUGGUCUUUCUACAUUGUGCAAGCUCUGCGUGCCGAGUUGCUUCGUGAGGCUGGUUUCGGCCAGGACUUGAUCAUGUCGAAUGCGUGGCCUGCCCCCCCGCUGUCCGACGACCCAGUUGCCCUCCCCAAUUGCGACAACCUCACCGUCUUCGGGAUGUCCAGGGACCGCGUCGAUCGGCGACUUCGUGAGCUCAUCGGGGUGUUCGAGGGGAAGGGCUUCGUGCGUCACGAGAUCCCCCGGGCCUCAACGUCUUCGGACAUCCUGGGCACCGCCUUCGAUGGGUUACGACGGACGGUUCUGGAGCGCCUCCUGGGCCACUACGUCGCCGAGGGCCUCAACCUGCGGCCCGCGCUGCCGGUUUUACGGGCCUCCUACGUCUUCAUUCGGGACUGCUUCUGGACCCCGAGGCCCCUGCGGGACUCCGUCUGCCGUGAGCUCCUGGCUGCCUUCGACAGAGAGGAGGUGGGGGGUAUCGGGAGGUGGAACGAGCGCGGGAGGUACGAGCGUCUGCCCCCGUCGGAGCGGGCGCCUCGUCGUCGCGCACUGGCGGCCGAGCUCGACCCCCUCGUCGACCCUGCGACGUCCGACGCUGGCCCCUGGGACCUCGACGAGCUCGGCGGGGCCCCCUCGGAGUUCGCCCGGCGGCCCCGCACUGGCUUCCCCGAGUUUCCGAAGGCCGUGAUCAUGGGGCGUUCCUGGAAGUGCUGGAGGGCUGGGAGGUACAGGUUUGAGGAGCCGAUCGUGAACACGGAAGGUGGGGCUGUCAUCAAGGGUAUGAGCCUAAAACUUCGGGACCCCAGCCAACACCACAAGAGGCGCCUCGUCCUUGUCGACAACUUCGGUGUAGCCCUUUGUUUCUCAAGAGGGCGCGCGGCGUCCUUCGGGCUUCUGCAGUUGGUCCGCCGUUUGGCUGCCCUCUCGAUUGCGACGGGUGCAUGGGUGGCGCUCCGCUGGAUCCCGAGCGAGUGCAGCCCCGCCGACGAGCCGCCCCGCCUCUUCGAGAAGCGCAGGGAGGCGCGGGCUUCGCUGCAUGAAGCGCCUGCGGCGGGAGCAAAGCUUGGCGGCCCGUCAAGCAGCCGCCGCGCCAUCGACUUCCUUCGGAGCCGCUGGAACCCGCCAGAGGGAAAGCGAGCGGGCCGCCCCGCCCGCGCCCCCGUCCGACGGCAGGGCGCCACCAGGCGGAGGCCCGCCGCGGCCCGAUCUCCUGCCGCGCGGCCGCCGCCCCCGAGUCUUGGGCGGCGGGCGCAGGACGGGGGGCUAAGUGCCUGCGAGCUCGCGAGGGUCGGCACCAUGGGCUCGGCCGCCAACCAGUACUUCGAGAACCUGUUCCUCGAGCGGCAGCGGCGCCGAGGCAGAACCACCGACAACCGCGACGAGAUCGAGGUGAACCUGCUGGACUACCUCGACGAGCUUCUGGCCGACAACGUGAAGCUCACCCACGCCGAGAAGACCGCGUGCGGCCUGCUGUACAGCACCCCCCCUGGAAAAGUACGGGGCUGCCCUCGGCUCCAACGGGCGCUCAAGGGAUACCGAAAACGACUCCCACCUACCAGCAGGGUGCCGUUGCCGAUCGAAGUGAAGUUGGGCAUCUGCGCCCUGCUGCUCUACGACGGUGAGCGGCCCACGGCCCUCUACGUCGAGGCCGUGUUCUCGGGAUCCUUCCGUCCUGGGGAGCUCCUCCGCGCGAAGGUGGGCGAUCUGGUGAAGCCAGGGGCAUCAGAGGAGGCUGCGCUGAAGUGUUGGUCUUUGAUCACCUUCGACGACGCCGUCAUCUUCGACCACCCCGAGUGGCUGGGCGAAGCGCUGGGUUCCUGGGCUGCACGCGCAGCGGACGACCGUGAGCUUUUCCCGCUGGAGGCCGUUAGGGUCGCCCGCCUUUUCAAGGCUGCCGCCGCCAGACUGGGCGUCGAGGCGCCCUUGUAUCAACUGCGCCACGGCGGUGCCUCGGAUGAUCUCCUGAAGAGGCGCCGCACUGUGAGUGAGAUUCAGUCGCGC